ACAAAUCCGGGUGUAGGGGAAUUUGAAAAGUAAACGUCACAAAAAAAAGAGACUGUGUGAUGUUAUCUUCCUUUUUCAUUUUUUGAUUUUUUUCGCCCAAAAGUCUCGCUCAUUCUUACCGACGCCGCCGACUGCCGACGACAUCGUAACGACUGUUCGCCGGCAAUCUUCUCAGUAUUUAACUUUAUCUACUCUAUCGCUUCCGUGAUUUGGAUUUGACACUCAUUUCUGAUUUUUAGUAGAGCUCUCUCUGCUUUUUGUUAGCUUCGUCUUAUUGAAAAUUAUCUCUAAAAGGAAGUAAGACAAAAUGAUUGGAUCCUUUCUCAGCAGAGGACUUGUGAUGGUUUUUGGCUAUGCGUACCCAGCCUACGAGUGUUACAAGACUGUUGAAUUAAAUAGGCCCGAGGUUGAGCAGCUGCGCUUUUGGUGCCAGUACUGGAUACUGGUGGCUGUUUUAACAGUUUGUGAGAGAAUUGGUGAUGCAUUUAUAUCAUGGGUUCCAAUGUACAGUGAAGCUAAGUUGGUAUUCUUUAUAUAUCUGUGGUAUCCUAAAACGAGGGGAACUACUUAUGUGUAUGACUCCUUCUUCAGACCAUAUGUUGCAAAGCAUGAAAAUGAAAUUGACCGUAAUUUGUUAGAACUAAGGACUAGAGCUGGAGAUAUGGCUGUUCUUUACUGGCAAAGAGCAGCAAGCUAUGGUCAGACAAGAAUUUUUGACAUCCUGCAGUAUGUUGCUUCACAGUCAACCCCCAGACCUCGCCCUGCUCAGAAUCCGCAGGCUCAAGGUCCCAGGGCCCGUCAACCAUCUGGCAUGCCUAACCGUCAACCAUCUAAUAAAGCACAACCAGCACAACCGGAGGACGAAGAACCACCUUCUCCGACAUCUAGCACGUCUUCAACUCAACACCAAAAGGAAGUGGCUGAAGAGGUGGGACCUUCGAAGGUGCCUUCACAGGUGGGACCUUCAAAGGUGCCUCGGCAGGUGGGACCUUCAAAGGCGCCUUCGCAGGUGUCUAAACCAGCUACCCCAUCAGCAUCCUCGAAUAGCCAAAAAGCAGAUACUGCAUCGGAAAGUACCAACCAGCCUGCAGAAAUUGAUGCAGAAGCAACACAAAUUGAAUCAGUGCCACUUUCUGCAGGAAAUGGAAGCACAGACCUUCCUCCAAAAGAGACUCUGAUGGAAGAAAGCAUUGGAAUCGCGCGUGGUAGGAUAAGGAAAACCCGAUCCACAACCCGUUAAAAAUAAUGGUUUCAUUUCCCCCCGCCCCUUUUAUUUCACAGAAUUAGCACUCCAAUUAGUAGGUGUAUAAUGGCAUUGAAUCAUUGUUGAUGUUUGUGUAAAAUUCUCUUCUAGUUUUGGUUUCA